AUGACGAAUUGCAUUUUCAGCAACACGGAAAAGAAGGAACUGCAGAUUUUGAAGAGGCACUUUAGGGUUACCCACCCAGGUGUAGUCCAACCAGACAAGGUCAUAUACAAAAGGAAGAGGGGGAAGAGGGUGAGACAGGAAAUUUACCUGCAUGGGAAUUACCCCAACUAUUUUUAUGAAAGGUACUGGAAGAGGAAAAAAAAGUGCGAAGAAAUCACCCCAAGUGGGGAAGUCACCCAAGGGGAAGAUGAAGAGGUCAAGGAGAAGAAGGAACCAGAUAAGCAAUGCAAAGCGAAGGAACGAAUUUGCAAAGUGGUUGACGUUGCCGAGACGGAUAAGAAGCAAAUCAUCGAUGAUUAUAGAUUAACCCACGUGAAUAAUCUUAUGAAAGGAAUUUUUUAUGGCAAGGACAUCCUUGACAUUGGCUGUAAUUGUGGUGUAACCACCUUUUUGCUUAGUCUUAAAUAUAAGUGCAGAAUUGUAAAUGGCAUUGACAUUGAUUACACCCUCAUUAAUAACAACAUUACUUUGCUGAAAUUUUUCAUCGAAUUUGUUUUAGUGUAUAACAGCCAGAACCACAUUGUCCCUUUUUUCCUGCGCCGCCGCAAUUUGACGCAAAUGCAGAGGGACAUCUUCCUCGAGGUGCACCUACUGCGGGAGGCCAUAAAAGGUGAAGCGACGGAGGGGGAAAAAAGUGAUGUGUUGGGGGACAAAACCAGGAGGGACGAGAAAAUGUCCCCCACGUGUGAGCACGUCUUCCCCUUCAAUAUAUAUUUCUCCUGCUCGAACAUUUUUGACGAUGUGUUCCAAACCGCGCAGAGCAAGUACGACGUAAUUAUUUGCUUCUCUGUGUUGAAAUGGAUACAUUUAAACCAUGGAGACGCUCAGGUGAUUCUUUUUUUCGAUCGCAUCCACAGUCUGCUAAAAGAAGGAGGGCAUUUCAUCCUGGAGUAUCAUAACGAAAUAAAAUACAAGGUUAAGAAAUGUGACAGGGAUUAUUAUACGCACGAGACAAAUUUGAGUUAUAAAAAUUUUGAUGCCAUUGCUCGGGGGGCUUAUCAAAAUAGCAGUAGGAUGAAUCUCGUUGAACGUACCAUUUUUGACGCCAACUGGGAAGAAGGCCCAAGUGGGAGGAAGAAAGGGGCCGGCAUGUUCAGCAGAAUUGUUUGCAUUUAUCAGAAGGUGUGA